AUGUGGAAGGUCAUGAACAGGUUGAAAGAGGAGGAGCUAGUCAACCCACAACUCAGGUGGAUAUAUUCCACAACAAGAUGGAGUGAAGAUUUAAUAGCUGAUAACUCUGAGAUAUACAAUUACCAAGGAGUUGUGAACGAAGACCACAAUGUAGCUAACACACCAGCUCCCCCUGAGGUACAAGCACCAACUCCUGCCAUUCUUAACCAAAAUGAUGUUGCGGAUGAUGAUGAAGAAGAGCCUCUGAAUGAAAAUGAUGAUGAUCUUGAUGAUGUGGAUAAAGGCGAUGAAGUAAAUACAUAUCACCUAACUUUGGCUCAAUUUGACAAGGUGACACAUACAAAAAGCAGGUGGAAAUGCAUUCUCAAGGAUGACAUCAUGCACAUAAAUAACAAAGAUGUUUUGUUUAAUUAG